CUGCGUCUUAUGCAAAAGACGAGAACCUCCUGAGACAUGUUAUGAUGCUAUAAAAUCUCUAGGAUUCUGGAGACUCACAGUUCUGUACAAACACAGAUUUUUCCUUGCAAUAAAAAAAAAAACAAUGUUCACGUAUCACAGAAGGUAUUUAACUCUUUUAAUGUGUUUUAAUUUGUGUAAUGUUGAAAAUAAUGUAUAAGUUGUCUGCUGAUGUAAUGUUUAUGUUGUAAGUAAUGCUUAUUUUGUCAUCAACUGUUAUUUUAUGUAGAAAUGUGAUAAGAAAUGUCUCCAAAAUGAUUAUAUGGUGUAAAUUGUUCACUGUUAUAUCUAAUGCAUUCACUGAUGUAACAAAUGUAACCUUAUAGCUUUCUUUUAUUUGUGACACUAUAGUUAAUUGCCUAUUUUUCUAAAUGUUCUUCUUCAGGUCAUUGAUGGAAAAUGUUGUUGCCAUAAGAAAAUGGAAAACAAUACCAAUUUUAACUUCAUGUGGUUUGAAAAUCUAGGGUACAUAAGAUAUGCUCUCUUCAUUUUGGGAUUUAUUCUGUACUUUGUUAUAAUAUUAUUUAAUGUCCUUAUUAUGCUUGCGGUGUUUCUGGAAAGGACAUUACACCAGCCUAUGUACAUUCUGAUUUCAUGCUUGUCUAUCAACUCUUUAUUUGGUACAGCUGGCUUUUUCCCAAGAGUUCUGUCAGACUUGCUGUCUGAAACACACUCAAUCUCUCGUGAAGCAUGCAUUUUCCAGUGUUUUGUCAUUUUCACAUAUGCAGCAAAUGAGUUCUCAAUAUUAAUGUUAAUGGCGUUUGACAGAUAUGUUGCAAUUUGUAAACCUUUACAUUACCACAGCAUAGUUAGACCAAGGUUUCUUGCUUGUUUAAUAGUUUUAAACCUAACUGUUCCAAUGACUUUGAUUGGUGUUGGUUCACUUUUAACUACUAAUCUAAAAAUGUGUGGUAACAAACUAUUUAAAGUAUACUGUCAUACAUAUGAAGUAGUCAAGCUUUCUUGUGACAACAUUGUAAUCAAUAAUGCGUUUGGCUUGUUUACAUUAAUAACAACUUCUGUCAUCCCAAUAAUUUCAAUAUUAUUUUCCUAUGUAAAAAUUCUUAUCAUUUGUCAGAGAAGCUCAGCACAGUUUAAAGGCAAAGCUUUUCAAACCUGUAUUCCACACAUAGUGAUCCUUUUGAAUUUCACAAUUGCUGUAACAUGUGAUAUCACUUUGAGUCGGGUUGUGAACUUACAAAUUCCUGUAGGUCUGUCAGUUUUUCUUUCACUUGAGUUUCUCAUUAUACCACCUGUACUCAACCCCCUUAUUUACGCCUUUAACCUGCCUGAUAUUCGCAAAAAAAUGAUCAGCCUUAUAAAACCAGUGAAAUUUUGAAACCUUUUUUGUUUGUUUUUUAGGUGCAGUACAUGUUGCACAUUGUCAUAAAAGUCAUGUCUUUAAUGGUACAUUAUGUCAUAUUACUGUAUUUGAUAUGAUAUAGUAAUUGCAAGAGUAAGAGGACUUAUACAUUUGUUUAUUCAUCUACUGGCUUAUUUCAUUAAUAUCAUUGAGGCAUUGACUGUCCAUUAGUACUAUAAUUAUACUAAAUCGCUAAUCCUAUAAUAUAACUAAACCCAAACACUACUUUACUAUGACCUUAUUAAUAAGCAGACAAUUAGUAGUAUUAGUUGAGUCUUGGUUAUCGGCUUGUUACUAGUGAUAAUUUGACCUUGAAAUAAAGUGUGACAAUAACUUUAUAUUAUUAAUAUAUUACUGUUGUACUUUUAAAUCUCACAGAAUAGGGGCUUUUGGUUUAGAGAAAUCUAGAUUGAAAUUGCAUUCCAUCGUUUAAUGUAGCUCUUUGUUAUAUCAACUUAACACUCAAUAUUGUGAAACAGACAGUUUCUCAUAUCUGUAAGGUUAACAUGUCUCCCUGUACUCUAACAUGAAACUGAUCAUUUGUAAAAACCUUUGUCAAUAAAAAUGAUUUGUUGACUUUG